CUACAACUAUAUUCACAUUCACAUUCACAUCCUCUUGCGCUCCCACCCAUCAUCACAACUCAUACCACGCCUCCUCAAUUCCUUGGAGCUGUAAAAAGCUUGCUCAAUAUGGCGCCGGCUUUGCUUGCUUCAAUUGACCUUGCCACUUAUAAGAAUCCCAGCCAAGGUCUUAACUCGCACGCUUUGUCCUUUAUCGGCAAUGUUUUCGUGCGCGUCACUCCCGAGACCGUUGAUCAGGCACUCGAACACCUUCAGCAGUCUGUAGGUCGCUAUACGAACUACCUCGGAGUCGCUUCCAUCAUAUCCACCGAAGACAUCGUUUCGCUUCUCGAUGCCGGCGCUGCCAAGGUCAUUGUCACACGGCAGCAACUCGACCAACUCUUAGCCUUGAAGAUUGAUCAAGACAGACUCAUACUCGCGCUGCCCGGAAAUACGAGGGAAGAGAUCAUUGAAUCGAUAAGCGGAACACAAGUCGACAUCUACUCUCACCAUGUUGAGGAUUUGGACCUCGUCGAAGCAUGGCUCAAAGAGUAUGGAACCGACAGGCCGGACGUCUUUGUAUCCUUCGCUUCUCUCGACAUCGAGGGAAUCCUGCGCAUUGCCAAACUCGCGGCUAUUCCUAUCAUCCCCGCCGAAGCUCUUACCGUCGAUGCAGCCAAAGAACCGGCCCUACUAAGCACUGCACGAUUACUCCUCGCAAACGCCACCAGUGACCGCCCGGAUGGUCUCUUCACCACCCUUGUGACUGAUGAGAGAGGAACCGCUCUUGGCUUGGUAUACAGCAGCGAAGAAAGUGUGGCAGAGAGUCUUCGGACCGGCAGAGGCGUUUACCAGAGCAGAAAACGUGGCUUGUGGUACAAAGGAGAGAGUAGUGGAGAUAUUCAAGAACUGGUCUCUGUUUCCCUGGACUGCGACAACGAUUGCUUGCGAUUUGUAGUGAGGCAACAGGGCAGAGGUUUCUGUCACCUUGCUACACCAACAUGCUUCGGAGAAUACACUGGACUUUCUCGUCUUCAGAAGACCCUGCAGAGCCGGAAGGCUUCUGCACCCGAAGGUUCAUACACGGCACGACUUUUCAACGACCCACAGCUGCUACGAUCGAAGAUUUUAGAAGAGGCCACUGAGCUCUGCGAUGCUAAGACUAAGCAAGAAAUUGCCUUCGAAGCCGCGGAUGUCUUGUACUUUGCUCUCACGAAGUGUGUGGCCGCUGGCGUAUCACUCGAAGAUGUGGAGAGGAAUCUUGAUGCUAAAAGCAUCAAGGUGAAGAGAAGGAGAGGAGACGCUAAGCCUGCUUUUAUGCCUCCAGCCACCGCACCAGCGAAUGGUACGAGUGAAAAGGAGGUAGUGAAAGAGGCAGCGUCUGUUCCAAAAAGCAAAGACGACCCCGCCGGUAUUAAAGACGGCAAGAUCGCUAUGAAGAGAUACAUCACUGCAAAGGAGACACCAGAGGCUAUCCAGGCUGCACUCCAGCGCCCCUCUCAGCGGUCUAGUGAGAAGAUUCUGUCUAUCUGCCACCCCAUCAUUGAUGCUGUCAAGACACGCGGUGAUGCAGCCUUAUUGGAAUAUACCCACAAGUUCGAAAAGGCCACUUCGCUCACUACUCCAGUUCUCAAGGCGCCAUUCCCUGAGUCGUUGAUGCAGCUUGCACCAGAGACGAUCAAGGCUAUCGACACCUCCUUUGAGAAUAUUCGCAAAUUCCAUGCUGCUCAGAAGGAAGAUAAGCCCCUCGUUGUCGAGACAAUGCCCGGUGUUGUUUGCUCACGAUUUGUUCGCCCGAUUGAGCGCGUUGGCCUAUACGUUCCCGGAGGAACGGCGGUUCUUCCCUCAACCGCUCUGAUGCUUGGUGUUCCCGCCAUGGUCGCUGGAUGCAAGAGAGUCUUGUUAGCAACGCCUCCCCGCGCAGAUGGAUCUCCUACCCCAGAAGUCGUCUAUGCUGCUCACAAGGUCGGCGCCGAAGCCAUCGUUCUCGCUGGAGGCGCACAGGCUGUUGCAGCACUUGCGUACGGCACGGAAAGUGUGGCAAAGGUGGACAAGAUCCUUGGACCAGGAAAUCAAUUCGUCACUGCCGCGAAGAUGAUAGUGUCCAAUGACACAAAUGCUGGAGUGAGCAUCGAUAUGCCCGCUGGUCCGAGUGAAGUCCUGGUGAUUGCAGAUGCUACUGCCAACCCUGCCUUUGUGGCAUCAGAUCUGCUCAGCCAGGCGGAACACGGUGUUGACUCUCAAGUCAUCCUGAUUGCUGUUGGGCUCAAUGAGGCCCAGCUCACCGCCAUUGAGGAUGAGCUUGAUCGCCAGGCGAAUGCUCUGCCUCGUGUCGACAUAGUCCGGGGCGCCAUUGCUCACUCAUUCACACUUGUUGUCGAGACUAUCGAGGAAGCCAUGAAACUCAGCAAUGAUUAUGCUCCCGAGCAUCUUAUUCUGCAAGUCCAAAAUGCCGAGGCAGUCGUCGAUUACGUUGAGAACGCCGGUAGUGUAUUCGUCGGACCAUGGACUCCAGAGAGUGUUGGCGAUUAUUCCGCCGGUGUAAACCACUCCCUCCCAACAUUCGGAUACGCCAAGCAGUACUCUGGUGUGAACUUGGGAUCGUACGUCAAACACAUCACCAGCGCCAAUCUCACGCAGCAAGGAUUGGUGAAUGUUGGCGGCGCAGUGAUGGAAUUGGCCCGGGUGGAGGAACUUGAAGCCCAUCGACGUGCAGUCAGCAUCCGACUCGGUGUCGCUUGAUUCAGGAAAACAAUACAAUUUAAUGGAUCGGUGAGGCGGACAGACCGCCCGAUCCUUACGCUUGUUUAGCGUAAACAUUGCAUGAUGCCUCGGCAUCAGCAGGGACUUAGUCGAUAAGCGACAGUUUCAGCAGAUCGUAAGGAGAAAACAACGCCGUCUCCGACUCUCCGUGAUGAUUCGAUCGCGCACCAGCGCUGUCGGGACGAAAAGAUUUUGAGAUGAAUUUUUGAAGGUUGAUGACGAAGAUAUAGGAUAUAGAGGAUUGCACUCCAUGAAGUCAUUGAAAAUGGUAUUUAUACCUAUUUAGUAGUACACAU